AUGACAAAAAAAUCUGGUAGAAAAAAUCAACAUAAAAUUGAUCUAUCAAAUCUUGUAUCUGUUGUUCCGUCCGCUGAUCAAAUAUUAUCACCAGAAUCUCUCUUACCGUCUGUACAGUCUCCAUUAUCAUUUACCUAUGAAAAUCCAACUAAUUCAAAUCUACCAAUGACAAAACGUAUUGGUCGAAUACGAAUUCAACGGUGUAUUGAUGGACAAACUGGAACAAACUCAACUAUACGUUUAAUAACAUCCGGUGAAACUAAUACUCGUUUAUCUUUACCAACACAACCAACUAUACAAGCAUCAUCAAUAUUAACUACUUUAAUAACCGCACGUCGUUCCAAUUCGCUCAAUAAUAGCACAAGCAAUCCGUCUAAUUGUUAA